AUGCAACGUGAUCUCAUGGAGCGAAUUCAGUGCGGUAUCUGGCUUGAGACCCCAGCAAACAUACCUGGGAAAGUCGCGGCCACUAAAGAACGAACUGGUAACUUGAACUUCCUUGAAGUAAGUACGCCUGCUCAUCAGAAGGUAGAAGUGGAGGCCGCUGCCGGCCGGUGCACCUGCAACCUGUUCCUCUCCAGGCCCCAUGGGCUGCGGGUGGGAAUCCUCCCAGGGCAGGUGGCUGCGCUGUUAAAUGCAGAGCAGCCUGCCGAGCGGAGAGGAGCCUGGCUGUGGGCUCGGCCACAGGAGCUGGAGAUGCAGUUGCCUGACGUGCCCAUGCGGCACAUCUUCUCCUUCCUGGAUGCCGCCAGCUUGCUGCGGGCGGGCCAGGUGAGCAGGUACUGGAAGAACAUCGCGGAUGAGGAGCACCUGUGGAGAAACCUGUGUCAGAGGAGAUGGAGCAUCUCCUGGGAGGGCCUGCAGGUGCCCUCGUGGAAGCAGCUCUUCCUCACCCAGGCCAGGCGCGAGCGCUGCAUGAUGGGGGCCGAGCCGCAGGACUUUGCCUACAGAGAGGCCACGGGCGGCCUUGGAAUCUUGGGACCUUUGGCUUAUUUCUCAGGAAGUGACCCCUCCAUGAGUGGACAGAAGCCAGUCAUUUGCACGGUGUCUUCAAGGUACAUGCUCUAUGCCUGGGAUGUGCAGGAGGGCGUUAUGAUCUGGUCCAGCCCCGCCCAGCAAUGCAACAUCAAGUGUCUGGCAACCCUGCCGCAGAGAUCGCUUGCAGUCACCGUGGAUGCAUGGAACACCAUCAAAGUGUGGAACUGUCGGGAUGUGAACCCUCUGGCGACGCUCACUAUGAGCACUUGCUGCCUUUCCUUGGAAGUCUUCCUCACGGAUGACGGCCCCUUCCUGAUGAUCGGUGACUCUGAAGGGGACAUCUACACACUGACGGUGCCCGAGUUAAACAGCAUUUCUCACGUGAAUGCAUUUGAGUACCCUGUGGACCAUCUUCACUGCUCUCCCAACAGGAAAUGGAUCUUCGCCUGCGGGACCCACCAACAUGUAUUGCCAAAGCCAAGCCUGCUGGGCCCUGAAGUGCGUAAACAGGCUGACAAUUAUGUUCCGAAGAGACGUUUUCAGAAGGACAGGGUUCAGCACCUUUGA